ACUGAUGUCCUUAGUGUCAUGUUAUAAAGGAAGUCAGAGUUUGUCAUGAACAUGUUAGAGACGCAAAGCUCUAGAAACAUGAUUUCAAGUAAGACCAGCAGUUCACAUGGAACAGAGUUUAAUCUGGUUCAGGUAAAUGGAACAUGGAUUCGACAAGCUGGACCGUGCCAAGAAAAGGAUGGGAAAUCUUCAGAUGCUAAAAUCUAUGAGAAGAAAUUGGACCAAGGAGCUUCCUGGACCGUGGUGAGCCCCAUUAUUUUCACCUACAGGGUUAUUCAGUGUAAAGACCUGCUAGAUCCCAUGAAUGACACUUUGCUCUGGGGCCACAUAGGAGAUGAAGACAUUCAAGCCAGCGAAAAAGCAAAACCUGUGAAGCGCUUUAUUGUUAUUGAUAAAACUGUACACCAGCUGUACGGCUCUAAGGUCUCUCAAUACUUUGAUGCCAGGGGAGUCAUUUACAAGAUCCUUCCUCUACCCACCACUGAGGAGAAUAAGAACAUGGAGCUAGUGACCAAAAUUCUGGAGGAAGUUCACCAGUUUGGGAUUGACAGACGUUCUGAGCCUAUCAUUGCACUUGGAGGUGGAGUCUGUUUGGAUGUUGUUGGUCUGGCAGCAUCUCUCUAUCGACGAAGGACCCCAUACAUUCGUGUGCCAACCACUCUGCUGUCAUAUGUUGAUGCUAGUGUCGGGGCCAAAACUGGGGUCAACUUUGCUGGAGGAAAAAACAAGCUGGGAAGUUAUGUUCCACCAGUGGCAACAUUUUUAGACAGCUCAUUCUUCCAAACUCUCCCUCUACGGCAGAUCUCUAACGGACUUGCAGAGAUGUUAAAGAUGGCCCUGAUGAAGCACCGUAGCCUAUUUGAGCUCCUUGAGUCGAACGGUAAGAAACUGUUGCAUGCCAAGCUGCAGCCAUCCGAAACCUGCAGUGACUCUGAACAGGAAGACAGCGCUGCAGCAUCCAUGCGCAUUGCCAUAGAAACAAUGCUAGAGGAACUGGCUCCAAAUUUGUGGGAGGAUGAUCUAGAUCGGCUGGUGGAUUUUGGGCAUCUUAUUAGCCCCGAACUAGAAAUGAGAGUUUUGCCUGCUCUGCUUCAUGGGGAGGCUGUAAACAUCGAUAUGUCCCUCAUGGUCUAUGUGGCCCACCAAAAGGGGCUUCUAACAAAAAAAGAGAAGGAUCGUAUUAUCCAGUGUAUGCUGGGUCUGGAGCUACCUGUGUGGCACCAAGACUGCUCCCUGGCCUUGGUGCAAAAAUCUCUUGAAGAGCGUCUGAAGCACUCAGCAGGCUCCCUGAGGAUGCCUCUACCAACAGGACUGGGAAGAGCUGAAAUCUUCCAUGAUAUGAUAGAAGAUGACAUCAUUUGCCAAGCAUUCCACAACUGGACUGAAGAACUUUCUGGCUUUGAUGGAGGGGUUAAAGAUACAGGAGAGCCAUCUACCCAUUGGGGGCGCUAACAACCCUCUUCAUUAUCAUCCAUGCUGACACUGCUUUUGCGGCUGCUGUCCUUUGAAGCGUCUGGGGAGACGGAGGAGAGCAAAGGGUCCACCCCUCUGACAGGAGAUAAGUUGUCUUCCAUGAGGAUGUCAGUGAGUUUGGUUUCUGCUUCGCCAUGAACACAGCUGUAGUGGCCCUCGUUAAAGUUGGAGGGACCUUCCUUUAGCUCCAGUGUGGUGGAUUGCUCAGGAGUGCAGGCGGGAUGGUGUUGGCGAUGGAGUUUAUAGAGGUCUUGGUGACAGUCCUCCAAAAGAGGCUCCCGCUUAAUGGGCCGCACCCCAACUUCAGCAGAGCAGAGUGCUGAGGAAGUGAUGGCCAGACCGUGAGCCCGAGCCUGCAUCUCCAACUCCUGCAAGUCACAGUCAUUUGCACAAACAGGAGGGUCACUAAAGGUUUAGGGCAUUUAUGCAUUAUUCGCAUCUUUCUGUUAAACAGACUAGUAGGGCUGCUUCUUAAAGAUACUUCUAUAUUUUUCCUCUUGAAUUUCAAACUUCAGUUGUUACAUUACAACCACUACCUUUAAUCUCUCUUAUAAGUUUUGUGUGAUAAAGUAGUCCAUAGUGCACAGUGGAAGGAAAGGGAGACGUCCUUAAUCCACAUGUUUGCAAAUGAAUAUCUGAGAAAUGGGAGAAGCAUUUGUUCUAAAGUAAAUACUUUGCAAAAACAAAACUAAAUCCAAUUACAGCUGAAAGUCUUUCAGGGUAUAUCACCUUCACAUGCAUUAAGGCUGUAAUUUUGCAAAGUUCUCUUUGCAAAAUAACUAAAUCUCAGUCAGCGUAGAUGUAAAGCAUCUGCGAGCCUUGCUUUCUAAGUCUUGCCACAAACUCAGAUCUUUUCCCUGCAGGAAAGUGAACCUUCACACCAGUCUUAAGUAUUUUGCAGCUUCUAACCAAUUUUCUUCCAGGGAUGUUGGGGACACCACUGUGCUUUUUCAUUAUGUGAAUGAGAAUAAAGGCUGACUUUUGGAUUUUCCAUU